UAACAACCCUGAAAUCAAAUUUCACCAUACAAUAAAUAAAUAUUAUUAUCACCUUCUACAUAAAACUCAAUCUCGACAAUCUGUUCUAACUGUGAUCUCCGAAAUCCAAAAAAAGUUUCAAAUCUGGAAGUCACAGCAGAAAACAGGUAAAAGAAAACCGGCCAAAGACCGAGACAGAUUCUUGUAAACAAAAACAAAUGUUCCAUUCAGCUUGCCAGGUGCUAAAGAGACGAGCUUUGAAGUUACAGAGCAUGCGUCAACGCGCAGGUCUUCGUAUAAAACCACUCUUCUCUAACUACUCAGCUAGUUUGUCAAUUUCUCUUGUGUCUUGUUCAGUGUGUGGAUUUCUCGCUGCCGACAAGUUUGACAGUAAACGAUCCAAGAGUGCUCUCAUAUUUGCGAUCAAGUUUUAAGUGAAAUUUGCACAUUCGAGGAAGAUGGAUUUAUUAGCUUGCAUUGAACAUCAACACGAAGUAUAUGCCGAGAAGGAUUAUACAAUUUUAAAAGAUCCACGUGUGCUUCUCAAUUUGUAUAAUCAAGAGAGGAGGUUCACCCCUAAUAAAAAUUAUUUCCUAGAAGUUCAGACUGAGAUCCAACCAUUCAUGAGACAGGUUGUAACUACGUGGAUGCAUGAGGUUUGCGAGGAGCAAAUGUGCGAAGAUCAGGUUUUUCCACUAGCUGUCAACUGUAUGGAUAGAUUCCUAUGUUUGUGUCCGAUCAAAAGAAAUCAACUUCAACUUCUUGGGGCCGUUUGCCUCCUCAUAGCCUCAAAAUUGAGAAGUACCAAUUCUUUUUCCAUGGAGAUACUUUGUGCUUACACAGAUUAUAGUGUGUCCCACUCUGCUAUGGUGGCUUGGGAGCUUUUGGUGCUGUCCAAACUCAAGUGGAACGUGGCUUCGAUCACGGGCUUCGACUACAUCGACCAAAUCGUCGAGAUGUUCCCAUGGGGAGCCGAAAGUAAUCUUCUCCAUCGACAUGCCAGAACAUUGGUGUCCAUCUCAUAUACAGAUUCCAAACUCAUAAAGACACCUCCAUCGAUGAUAGCUGCGGCUUGCCUAACAUCAGCCAUACGUGGUUUGAGGCUGAGAUCAACGAACCAAGCGGUGAAUGACAUAUGCAGCAUUGCAUCAAUCAAAAUUUCCGAUUUAGAGACUGUAGUCAGGGUCGUCGAUGAAGCUGUGGAAAGGAGCGUUCCAAAAUCUCCACCAUCGACGCCAGAGCCAGAGCCAAAACUGCAAGGAUACGAAAGUCCACAACACGGGCCCAACACACCAACAGAAGUUGAAAACAUUUAUUUUUAACUAAACUCCGUGCUCUGCCCUGUAUGUGUUUGUUAUCUCGUCAAUAUGUUUAUUAUCAAGAAUUUUAUUCGCGUUUUUGUUCUGUUAUCGGUCUUGAAUAUAGCCUAAUUUUAUUGCUGCGUCAGAAGAUUGGAUUAUUUUAACUUAAUUGCUUUGUUUGCAAUGCAUUCCAACAUUAUAUCCAAAGAAAAAAUUGUACUUAAGACUGUGAAAAUCCAAUGAUCUCUCUUAGUCAGAAAAAAGUUUCUUUACUUUUUUUCACUACUGUAUUUUUAGUGUAAAUCUUGAAAAUAUGAUCUCAUUCCUUAGAAUAUUCGAAAUCGGGAAUAGUUGUAGCAGGUUCUAUUUGUUCCAGUAACAUUUGUAGAGUAACAUUUACGAAACUGACUACAGUCGACUAGAUUCUACCAAUUCUUCGUCAAUUAAUCGUGCCAGUAUUUUACCAUUACUACCAAAAAUUCAUCCAUAUAGAUCUCAAAAUCGGUAUGAUCGAUUAAGUCUACUUAUUGUUACUAUGUAACCAGCUGUGAUGUAAUAGAUAAAACACGAAAUCAUGUAGAUUUUACAAAUUGUAAGAUUGUUUCAGAAUCGGUUUUUGGUGUGAAUGUGUUUUGGUUAAUGGUUUGUUAUCUAGUCUUUAGAUAAAUUUUAGGUUGUAAAAUAAGAAAAACUUGUAUAUACAGCAUAAAGAAGUUGAACUUAUUAUGAAACUUCUUCAAUUUUAAGUAUUUAUUACCACUUUAUUAUAUUUAUAAAACCAAAGCUGUUCGUUUUUAGUAUUUUUGAGGAUAUUUAUUUUGUUUUAGACUAAGUCUAUGUUUGGACUGUAUAUAUUAUUUUUAGUAAAGAAUUUGACAUAAUAUGAGU